AUGAAAUUGCUACUUUACGGCUCCAUGGGGUGUCAGCUGGCACUGGGGCUAGGAGGCAACCCCCACUCUAGCCACUGGCUUGCCUUUCUGAGAGUUGAAUGAGUUUCACACCAAGGUGUGAGGGGCAGGCCAAGUAUACACCCAAACCAGCACUAGUCAGCCAGUGAGCCACCAGAUGUUUUCUGCCAUCCUGGCCUCCCUGGGCAUAUAUCAUGCUGAUCACUGUUUAUUGUGUGCGUAGGGACCUCACAGAGGUAACCUUUUCCUUACAGGUCAACCCUGACUUUGAGCUCUCAAACUUCAGAGUCCUCUGUGAGCUUGAAUCUGGUGUGCCUGCGGAGGAGGCCCAGAUCGUCUACAUGGAGCAGCUCCUCACAGAUGACCACUGCUCUCUGGGCUCCUAUGGACUCAAAGAUGGUGAUAUGGUUGUACUACUUCAGAAGGAUAAUGUGGGACAUCGGACUCCAGGAAGGGCUCCGAACCAUCCUCGGACAGAUUUCCCUGGGUCUGGGUCGGCUGUGCCUGGAACAUCAAGUUCGCGACACCCACAUCCGCAUCAACACCAUCAUCACCAACAUCAACGUAUGCCAUCAACACAGCAAGCCCACGGAUUGGCUUCUGGAGAGAAUAUGGCUUUUGCUCAGGAUCUCAACAGCCCUGCCCUGAUUCGAAGCAUGCUGCUUUCCAACCCCCAUGACCUGUCCCUGUUGAAGGAACGGAAUCCUGCUUUGGCGGAAGCUCUGCUUAGUGGAAACCUCGAGACAUUUUCUCAGGUCCUGAUGGAACAGCAGAGAGAAAGGGCCAUGAGAGAGCAAGAGAUGUUUCGUCUUUAUUCUGCUGAUCCAUUUGAUCAGGAAACACAGGCUAGAAUAGAAGAAGAAAUCCGACAGCAGAAUAUUGAAGAAAAUAUGAAUAUAGCCAUGGAAGAGGCUCCGGAGAGUUUUGGACAAGUGGCUAUGCUCUAUAUUAACUGCAAAGUGAACGGGCAUCCUUUAAAGGCUUUUGUUGACUCAGGUGCCCAGAUGACUAUCAUGAGCCAAGCUUGUGCUGAGAGAUGUAAUAUCAUGAGACUGGUGGACCGACGGUGGGCUGGGGUUGCUAAGGGAGUAGGCACACAGAGGAUUAUGGGCCGCGUUCAUCUGGCUCAGAUUCAGAUUGAAGGUGAUUUCUUACAGUGCUCUUUCUCUAUACUUGAAGAGCAGCCCAUGGAUAUCCUUCUAGGGCUUGAUAUGCUCAGGAGGCACCAGUGUUCCAUUGACCUAAAGAAAAACGUGCUGGUGAUUGGCACUACCGGAUCACAGACUCACUUCCUUCCCGAAGGAGAGUUGCCCUUGUGUGCUAAGCUGCUGAGUGGAGCAGUGCAGGAAGACUCUUCAGACAAGGAAGUGGCAGGUAGUAUCAAACAUCCUGUCAAGGGUCCAGGACGGAAAAAGCAUUGAAGGACGUCAUAUGUUAGCCACUGACACACGGAAGCAAGCCUUAGGUCCCAAGGAAAUUAUAAGACAUGAGCUCACUGGCAAAGUCAUCAUUAAAAACAACUUAGCAACCAACCCUGGCCUUGUGACUGAGUUCACAGAUGGGUGACUAUGUAAGUCAUCAGUGAUUCAUCAGAGUGUGUAUGUAGGCCCAGUCCUUCACUCCCAGAUCACCGAACCUCAUCCAGGGGACAGAAUGGAGCUUCAAGUUGGCCUCUCAACAAUCUAGGAGAAAGAAAACAAGUCUCCCCUAUCAGAUUAUAGGAUGGCAUGUCCAAGCCAAGGGUUAUUUAUUUUGUUCAAGUCCUUAGAAAAGAAGCCAUUCUUUAAGGCUAAAACUUCAUGUAAACGAAAUGUUUUCACAUAA